AAUCCUUUUAAGUUCACACAACGGAUCGGCGCACGGCGGAGGGGGACGGCGGCGCCGAGGAGGUCUUCUGGAGCAAACCUUAGAACUCUUCUAUCGCCGCAGGGGUUUCUUCUUCAUUAUAUGUUGUUGCAGAUGGCUUUGGUGUAUUACGAAUAUUAAGUUAACCAAUAGGCCGUACAAAUAUGGGAACUCAAAAUUUUUUAUGGAAUAUGACUAAGUACGUUGUUACUGGGAGCCUCAUCGGUGUCACUAUAUCUGAUCGUUAUGCCAGUGUAGUUUCCGUUAAAGGCGUCUCCAUGUCUCCAACAUUUAACCCUCACGGAGAUGGACUCUUGACUCGUGACCGUGUUUUAUUGGAGAAAUUAUGCCUCGAAAAGUACAAGUUUUCUCAAGGUGAUGUAGUGGUGUUCAGAUCUCCUUCUGAUCAUCAAGAGAAACACAUGAAGAGGGUAACAGCCUUACCUGGUGACUGGAUCAGUACACCCCAUUCAUAUGAUGCAGUGAUAAUACCAGAAGGCCAUUGCUGGGUUGAAGGUGACAAUGCAGCAUGGAGCUUUGACUCGAGAUCCUAUGGCCCUAUCCCAUUGGGUUUAAUUUGUGGAAGGGUCACACACAUUAUCUGGCCACCUCAGAGAAUUGGUACCAUAGAAAGAAGUCUUCCUCAAAGCAUCCCACCUUUGUAAAUGUGUUUUGACGCCAAAUUUCUCAUUCUUCAAGUACACACAAAUUUUCUUCAUUUCAUCCAGUUGCCCACAUUCACUUUCAUGGAAGAUAAAAACAACAAUCUGCAUCCUAAUAAUGUCACAAUACCCUCUUCCAUUUCAUUUAGCUAUACCUGGAUUCUUGAACAUGUUUUUGACACUGAAGUUUCUGUAUUGGAAUUUUUUGAUAGUAUUCUGUACUUUGUUGCGAGACAUUGUGUGGUACUCCGUAUUAUUUUUCCUUUGAAAAUUCCCAGAUUGAAACAUUGGCUCCUAGUGCCUGUAAUUGUAAUGUAAAUGAAGCAAGAAAAGGGAAUCUGAUCUCUUUUGUAAUGUAAAUGAAGCAAGAAAAGGGUUGCUGCAAUGUUGUGAAAUGAUCAAACAAUUAAUCAUCCAUGCUUUUCUUCCCCGGCCUAAUUAUAUUUGUGUAUUACCAUGAUAUGUUUUUGGCUGUUACCAUGAUAAUAAACUAACUAAUAUGGCCCCUGAAUUUUUA